UGCUGAGCGUGCCGCCAUUUACAGAAUGCGAGAAAAUUAAGCUGGUUGGGCCUUCCCGGUGCGCCGGCAGAGUGGAGAUCUUUUACCAGGACAGCUGGGGAACCGUGUGUGACGAUCACUGGAGCAUUGUCAACGCCGAGGUGGUGUGCCGAGAGUUAAACUGUGGCACGGUUAUGGAGGCCAAAAAAAAUGCCUUCUUUGGAGAAGGCAGGGAUGAGAUCUGGUUGGACGAUGUCCAGUGUACUGGGAAAGAGACCUCCAUCACCAAGUGCCAACACAAGCCUUUUGGGAUUAAUAAUUGUGGGCAUAGUGAAGAUGCUGGCGUUGUUUGCUCAGAACAUGUUCGGAUCCUGAACGGAACCAAUCGUUGUAACGGCAGAGUGGAGAUCUUCAAUGAUGGCCAGUGGAAACGACUGUGCAGCAGUGACUGGGGUAAGGAAGAAGCUGACGUGGUGUGCCGGGAGAUAAGUUGUGGCUCACCUGUUGUUCAGUCUGCAACACAAUACUUUGGAGAGGGGCAGGGCCGAAAUGGUAUCAAAACCAACUGCGUCGGGAACGAGACCUCCAUCACUGGGUGCAUUCUUCAAGAAUUCAGAGAAACCUGCAUUGAUGCCACCAUAUCAUGCAUGAACAGCAGACCAGUCCGGCUCAUUAAUGGGACCAAUCGGUGUUCUGGUCGAGUAGAAGUCUACUACGAGGGACAGUGGGGAACUGUUUGUGAUGACAAAUGGGGCAUGCAGGAGGCAGCUGUAACGUGUCGAGAGAUGAACUGUGGGAACGCUCUUGCAGUCAAGUACAAGGCCUACUUUGGCAGAGGACAGAAUCAGGUGUGGUUGGAUGAUAUUGACUGCACCGGUCAUGAGAAGUCCCUAACUGACUGCCCACAUAGAGGUUUUGGAGAGCACGACUGUGACCACCAUGAAGACGCUGGUGUUGUGUGCUCAGAGACUUUGAGAUUGAUCAAUGGGACCGACAGCUGCUCUGGCAGAGUGGAGGUCUACCACAAUGGUCGCUGGGGAAAGAUCUGCAGUAACAGUUGGGGUCCUACAGAGGCUGCCGUUCUCUGCAAAGAACUCAGUUGUGGAACCCCGAAGAAAUCCCAAGACGUCUUCACGUUUGGUGACAGCUCGCUGACAGGGUUUAUAACUAGAUGCUCUGGUAAUGUGAGCUCUGUCAGCCAGUGUGUGGUUGACGAACAUGUCGGGAGGUGUGAUGGUGUUUCUGUUGCAUGUACAGGUAGUCCACCGAUUAGGGUUGUAAACGGCACUGACCGAUGCUCUGGCCGAGUGGAGAUUCGGCACGAUGGCCAGUGGGGAACAGUGUGUGAUGACGAGUGGGACCUCAGAGAUGCUCAGGUCGUGUGCAGAGCCUUGGACUGUGGAACUGCUCAGACAGCUAAAUCUUCAGCCUACUUUGGUCAAGGCCAAGGAGACAUCUGGCUGGAUGAUGUCAACUGCAUCGGCAAUGAGUCGUCCAUUUUGCACUGCCAACGUCCUGCUUUAGGGGAAAAUAACUGCGGCCAUGGGGAAGAUGCUGGGGUGAUUUGUUCAGCUAACCUUAAAUUGAUAAACGGCACUGACAUGUGCUCUGGCAGGGUUGAAGUCUACCAUGAUGGCCACUGGUCACCGGUAUACAACGUUAACUUUGGUAUGAGUGAAGGUGCAGUGGUGUGCAGGGAGAUGAAUUGUGGAGAUGCUGUCAAGAAUUCGGGAUCAUUUGGUCAAAGUGGAGACCUCAGAGGCUUAAAGAUGAGCUGUAGUGGUACAGAGCGCUCUGUCACUCAGUGCACACUGGCAGCAUAUACCAGGACCAGAAACGAUCGUAUUGAACCGGCAUCAGUCCAAUGUUCUGGAAAUGUGAGGUUAGCUGAUGGGCCCCAUCACUGUGCCGGAAGAGUGGAGUAUUAUGAUAAAGGCCAGUGGGGGACUGUGUGUGGGGAAUCCUGGGACAUGGAUGAUGCAAUGGUGGUGUGCAGACAGCUGAAGUGUGGGAGAGCUCAUAAGAUUACCAGAAUGUCUGAGUAUGGCCUGGGGUCAGGACAGACCUGGAUUGAACAAAUUGAAUGCAACGGAAGAGAGUCUACACUUUCUCAGUGCUCACAAAGACCGUAUAGAGACAGAACCUGCAACACAACUGCUAUAGCUGGUGUGAUUUGCACAGGGAGCUUAGAAGCCCGGUUGUCUAAUGGCAAGGACGAGUGUGCCGGAAGAGUAGAGGUCCGUCAUGGCGAAACAUGGCAAACAGUUUGCGACGCAGCCUGGACGGAAAGUAAAGCCGAGGUGAUAUGCCAGUUGCUGGAGUGUGGCCAUGCUUUGAAUGCUCCCGGCGGUGCAAACUUUGGUCAAGGCAAUGGAACUGUGGUGGAGCCGAGCGAUUCAUGCUUCAACAGCUCUGCUUCUGUUAAGCAAUGCGCAGCGAAUGGCUUCAGCAGAUCAACAUGUGGACAUGAGCGUGAUGCUGGGGUCAUCUGUGCAGCCCAGCUGAAGUUGGUUGGCGGCUCAGGCCAGUGCUCCGGCAGAGUGGAGCUCUUCUACAAAGGCCAGUGGGGUACCGUGUGUGAUGAUGACUGGGGAAUGAGCAAUGCUGAUGUGGUGUGCAAGCAGCUUGGCUGUGGUCAUGCGGUCUCUGCCCCCACCAGUGCCCAUUUUGGCAGAGGCUCCGGUCCAAUAUGGAUGGAUAAUGUGGAGUGUACAGGCCAAGAAGCAGCUCUUACACACUGUACACACCGGGGUUUUGGGGAAAAUAACUGUGGACAUGGUGAAGAUGCUGGUGUCAUCUGUUUAGGUGAUCUACAAAAGCCUCAAAUCACUAUAAGCCCUUCUACAGAAGUAGACUGGGGUGCAAAAGUGGAGAUCACAUGCUCUGUGUCAACAGAGCACUUGGGUGGGACAUUUGUGCUAAAAAAGACUCAAGGGUCAUUUUCGAAGGAAAAAUUCUCAGACCAUGAAGCGGCAACCUUUGUCUUCCCUCAAGCAGACUUCAAACUAAAUGGGUCGUACUUCUGUGAAUACCAUAAGAAACUGCCAGAACAAAUGAUAUAUUAUCCGCAAGGAAACACUGCCGACCUCACUGUUAAAGUAAAGUUAGAGAAACCCAGCAUCUCUCUAACAUCUGGUCAUGCAAUGGUGAUCUUCAGUCCUGUUAAAAUAUCCGUCACCAAAGGAAGCCCCUUCCACAUAACCUGCGCCAUUCAUUCCACAUACUCUGGAGGCAUGUUCUAUCUGGCCAGGUCUGGCAAAAGCUUUACAGAGCCCAAACCGGCGUUUGGUCACACCAUCUUCUACAUGGCAGACUUUGAAUUCCCAGAGAUUGAUUUUAAAGACCAAGGAGACUAUUCAUGUGUCUACGCUGUCAACAUCUCAUCCAUUUCCUUCUGUUCCCCUCCCUCCAAGCUACUCCAAGUCACUGUACUCGAAACCUCCUCCUCAUCAGUUAUUGCAGGUGUUGUGGUUGGGUUAGUGCUAUUGCUUAUCUUACUGGUCAUCGGUUUCUUUGUCUGGAAAAAGAAAUGGCGAGGUGUUGGUAUCGUUGUUCAGUUUAGCAACAGGUUAGAACCCAAAAAACAAGGUCUGGAUGAACGAAGCAACGGGGCACUUGAUGAAAGGGAACGUACCAACCAGUUGUAUGAAAAAGGACAACAGGCCGACAGCAUGAAAGCAACGGGCACCAGUCCUGAUUCUGAGAGCAUUGGAGAAAAAGCCCCAGAAGACUUGGCGGGGAGAGUUUGUUACGAGCUUGAACCAUUGGUUGAUUCAUGAUGGACACAUGGCUUCAGCAGUGACUUCCAACAAGGGCCUAUACUAAGCAUCGCAACAUCAUGCUGAAAAGUGCUGUUUCACUUCUUUAUAUACCUGUGGAAACACCAACGAUGAUGUCUUGACACUCUGAGACUUCAUGGAGUAAGCUUCUGUAUUAGAGCACGAAACUAUCAGAGGCAAACAUCGGACUUCUGACGGCGUACCGUACUCUCCUUACAAGUUCUAUAGACAAUGGAGAUUUUUGUUGCGUAUUGAUGCCUCCUUUCUGAAAUUUCAAAAUAUAGCUUUCAUCAUUGAUACCACACAGCUCAUUUGGUGUGAAAGAAUUAUUUUCAUACAUAUUGCUUUAGUGAUUUUUAUAGUUAAAUGUAAAUCAUGCUACAGGGUCCAAAGAUAAGUUGAAGGUCUUUAUUACAAUGAUUCCAAUUUGUUUUGGUGUUUCUCAGUAAUUUGCUUUUUGUGAAGUUUGACUGAUUAAUAAAGUUGUAUGCCUUACAACACCUUCAAAGGA